ACAGUAACACCAACAUAGCAGUAAAACCACAACCAAAGUGUUAUCCAAAAAUUUGCACAAACGUCAAACUGUCAACUGUCAACUGUCAACUGUCAAAGGGGGCUGCUAAAUGUCAAGCAGAUGUGAUUAUUGAUCGUCUGCAUUGCGGAGAAAUUUUUAAAAUAGAUUUUACAGAAGACUAUUUUGAUUUUAUAAUAAGUCAAAAUGGCUGGAAUGCGUAUGAAAGUAUCUCGUUGCCCUACUGAUGAAUUAUCACUUACAAAUUGUGCAAUUGUAAACAAUUCAGACCUGAGCGAUGAUAUCAAACACAUUGAAGUAACUACAGGGCCAUCUCAGCACUUUAUAUUUACUGUUGGUAAACAUCAUGAAGUCCCCAGGGGAACAGUUGGGUUUUCUCUUCCUCAAAGAAAGUGGGCUGCUCUUUCGUUGAAUCAAGAAAUAGAUGUCAAGCCAUAUCGAUUUGGAAACAAUAGCUCAGAUUGUUUGUGUAAUAUCAUGUUAGAAGCCGAUUUUUUGCAGAAAAAGACGACUACUUUAGAACCUUAUGAUACUGAUCAAAUGGCCAGACACUUCCUUCAACAGUUUUCUGGUCAAGCAUUUACAGUUGGCCAACAACUUGCAUUUGCUUUUCAAGAUAAGAAAUUACUUGGAUUGGUUGUGAAAGAUCUGGAAGCUGUUGAUGUUGGUGCAAUCAAGGAAGGCGUGGAUGCAAAACCACGUAAGACUAAGAUGGGUCGAUGCUUACCAGAUACUGUCAUUCAAUUUGAAAAAGCAGAAAAUUCUUCCCUCAAUCUUGUUGGAAAAUCUAAAGGAGUACAGCCCAGACAAUCUAUAAUCAAUCCAAAUUGGGACUUUGGUAAAAUGGGCAUUGGUGGUUUGGACAAAGAAUUCAAUGCAAUAUUCAGGAGAGCAUUUGCUUCAAGAGUUUUUCCACCAGAAAUAGUUGAACAGCUAGGUUGCAAACAUGUUAAAGGAAUUUUAUUAUAUGGACCACCUGGUACUGGUAAGACAUUGAUGGCUCGUCAGAUUGGUACUAUGUUAAAUGCAAGAGAACCAAAAAUUGUUAAUGGCCCACAAAUUUUGGAUAAAUAUGUUGGAGAAUCUGAAGCUAAUAUCAGAAGAUUAUUUGCUGAUGCAGAGGAGGAAGAAAAGAGGUGUGGACCCAACAGUGGCUUACAUAUUAUAAUAUUUGAUGAAAUAGAUGCCAUAUGCAAAUCACGUGGAUCUGUUGCUGGAAAUACAGGCGUUCACGAUACUGUUGUAAAUCAAUUGCUGGCUAAAAUUGAUGGUGUGGAGCAGCUGAAUAAUAUUCUUGUAAUAGGAAUGACAAAUCGCAGAGAUAUGAUUGAUGAAGCUUUGUUGCGUCCUGGUCGUUUAGAAGUUCAGAUGGAAAUAGGCCUCCCAAAUGAGGCAGGACGUCACCAGAUUUUAAAUAUACACACAAAAAGAAUGAGAGAAUUUAAUAAAAUCAAUCCAGAUGUCGAUAAUAAAGAACUUGCAGCAUUGACAAAGAAUUUUUCUGGUGCUGAAUUAGAAGGUUUAGUACGUGCUGCGCAAAGUACUGCAAUGAAUAGAUUGAUUAAAGCUGCAUCCAAAGUUGAAGUUGAUCCAGAAGCAAUGGAGAAAUUAUUAGUAAAUCGUUCUGAUUUCUUGCAUGCUUUGGAAAAUGAUAUCAAACCUGCAUUUGGAACUUCAGCUGAAGCUUUAGAACAUUUCCUUUCACGUGGUAUUAUCAAUUGGGGCACUCCAGUGUCCAAUCUUUUAGAAGAUGGUUCCUUAUUUAUUCAACAAGCCAAAGCACCAGAUGCCUCUGGACUUGUUUCUGUUUUAUUAGAAGGUCCACCAAACUCUGGAAAAACAGCCCUAGCGGCUCAAUUAGCUAAAUUAUCAGAUUUUCCAUUUGUUAAAGUAAUAUCACCAGAAGAAAUGGUUGGGUUUACUGAGUCAGCAAAAUGUAUGUACAUAAGAAAAAUAUUUGAUGAUGCUUACAGAUCUACAUUGAGUUGCAUACUGGUAGAUAAUAUUGAACGAUUGUUAGAUUAUGGGUCUAUUGGACCCAGAUAUUCUAAUCUCACAUUGCAAGCAUUAUUGGUUCUGCUCAAGAAGCAGCCUCCAAAGGGGAGGAAGCUACUUAUAUUCUGCACUACCAGCAGACGUCAAGUUUUGGAAGAUAUGGAAAUGCUAUCAGCGUUUACAGCAGUAUUGCAUGUUCACAACUUAUCAUCACCUGAACAUAUUAUGGCUGUAUUGGAGGAUUCAGAUAUAUUUUCUAAAAAGCAGCUUGCUAGUAUAAAUAGCAAAAUAUCAGGUCACAGAAUAUUUAUUGGAAUUAAAAAACUUUUGGCUUUAAUUGAUAUGACGAGACAAAUAGAAGACAAUUUCAGAGUUAUGAAAUUUUUGACUAAAUUAGAGGAAGAUGGUGGUUUAGACUGCGGAACAUCAGUACAAUGAAUUUGAUUUACUACUAACAAAGAACUACAAUGUUGGAAUAUAGGUAUUUAUGUUUGUUUAUAUUUUUACUUAUUUUGUUUUGAGGUUCUUAUUAAAUAAUGCUAUUAGACAUGGACAGUG